GCAAACAAGAGUUGAUUGCUUCUAUAACGUGCUUUAACAGCGACGGUCGACGAUGUUCAAUGGCAGUUCAACAUUCUCAAAGCCGGCCACAAAGGGCUCAUUGCUGUCCUCACGUUCAGCUACCACUAAACGUGACUCCCUAAUGGCAGAGCUCGAACGGGACCCGCAGCACUCGACUGCAAAGCGCCAGCAGCGUUCUAAUGCAUUCACCUCCCACAUGGCAAACGCCUCUCUCGAACGCCAGCUGCUCGCCGCACAGGCCAGUAAAUCCGAGCUCGAGACCAAACUCCGUGAAAAAGAUAUUGCGAUAGAAAGGCUGGAAAGAGAUAGAAGGUGGUUUGCGGAGAGGGAGGAGAAGGAGCGCGAGGAAAAAUUGCAGGAGCAGUUGGGGAGAGAAGAGGAACAGCGCAAGGCAGAUUUAGAACUUCGCCAGCUACGCAGCUCCCUCGCUGCUGUUCGAGAGAACCUUGCGGAACUCGAGGACGAACACUCGAACCUUUCUCGCAGCCACUCACAAUCAUUUGCUUCUCACAAGUCGCAGUCUUCAGUUCUCGCUCGUCAAAACGCAGUGCUGGAGAAAGAAGUCGCGGACCUUCGAGCUAUUGCAGAAGAACGAGGCGUUGCAGUCCAGAAUUUGCAACAACAAUUGGACGAUGCUCAUGCUGCCACUGACUCUUCUGCGAGAAGUUCCAAUGAGAACGAGAAUUGGAGCGUUGUGCGCGACGAGCUGCAGCGACAAGCGGGAUAUCUCCGUUCGCUCGAGUCGAUCAACGCAAAACUCACCACUGAACUUGCACGGUACAAAGACCGGCACACCAGCGUGGAAGUCCUUCGGGAAGAAAAACGUACUUUGGAAAGCAAGGUGGCUAUCAUGGAAGGGCUUCGAGAGAAAGUCGCCAAACUAGAAGCUCAAGUCGAAGCUGCUCGACAAGAACGGAAAGAUUGGGCAAACAAAACCAGCGAAUCCAACACAUCAUCACAAACUUCCAUCUCCGUGGUGCAAAAUCUGUCAGCAUUACGUCUAGAAAACGCACGAUUGAUGGAGGAACAUGGUGCAAACAUGGCACUCCUUCGCCGCCGCGAGACCGAGCUAUCUAACGCCGAUAAGAUAGCGUCGGAAGCUCAGGAGGCUGCGGAUGCCCUACAAGCAGAGGUGAAAACACUUAAAGAAAAGAUAGUAAGACGAGAACAGCGAGCUCAGCUGGCGGAACGAGAAGCCAGGUUUCUCCAAGCCCUCGUCGCCAGCUUCGCUGCUGAGGAGUCAGCUGCACGGGAGUCACCAACUGUGGACAACCUUUCUCAGCAGCGGAUCCAGCAUCUUGAGCAGUCUAUAGCCGACUACAAAUCCGAAAACUCUCGGUUACAGAGUGCACUGGAUGCUGCUGAGGUUGAUAAUGCCAUAGGAGGACCGAAACGCACACGCAAGGAUCUCGUUCGCGAGAUUGACGCACAGACAGCUGCAGCAGAUGACGCAACGAAAGGCCUGCAGGAAGCGCAAAAAAAUCUAACGCAGCAGGAAGACAAGAUCGAGAAGCUCGAACAAACACUGUUUGAGCUCCGCGGUGAAAUCGGUGCGGGGAACCACGUCCCACCAGGCAUGCGUGUGUUGUGUCUGCGCGACAAUCCGGCGCAGCAGUGGACUGAUCUGCGACAGUCGGUGAUGGAUCGUCUGAAGAGCGAAAACGAAGCGCUCAUCAAACGCCUGCAUGAGCUUGAGAGCAGCGGAGCGGUGGUAGCCGACCACCAGGCCCCGCGCGACGAUUUGGUUCCCAGGGAAAGUUGGGAGGUGCUCGAUAAAGAAAAGAAGGAGCUUGAGGAAGUGGUAAAGCAGAAAGAGAAGAGACUCUUGCGCUUACAGCAGGUGUUCACUGCAAAGAGCGCCGAGUUCCGAGAAGCGAUAGCGUCCAUACUCGGGCUCAAGCUCGCGUUUUACCCCAACGGGCAACCCGGGGAGAACGGAGAAGGAGCGAGGAUGCAGCUCAUUGCGCAAGGUGAAGGCGGUCCGCAAGAUCUCCCGCAGCUAAUGCGAUUCUGGGUGAAUGAGGAGCAGUGUAUACCUGGGUUUUUGGCGAGCGUGACUUUGGAGUGUUAUGACAUGACGAAGAGAGCGGUCGGUACCGAGUCGUAGUACUCGGCUGUGAUGUUAUCGAUAGCAAUUAAUUAUGUACUGCGACACCCUAGCUAUAUAGGGGUUGCGAGGAGGAUCCAAUCAGGAAUAUUGUAAAAAAA